GUGAUGUUCCAGUUGUCUGUCAGCGUUGAUUAUGGCUCCAGCAGUGCAGAUUCUGGUCCACAGCGUUCUUCCCAGUGAGAAUGUAGUUGCUGCUAGUGUGCCGUUUGGGACUGAAAUGUAUUUCCAGAACCAGGUGUCUCUGCAGUUUUCUCCGGCUACGGCGGUUCCUGUGGAGGGAAAUGUUCUGACGGUUUCUGCUCAAGCAGGAUCUCUGCGUGGUAGAUCAGAGCAUCCGGAUCCUGGAGCCAGGAAGACAUCUGAGUGCUGAGAGGCUGUCUGUGUGCCUCAAUCAGGUUUUUUGUUUGGGCUUUUAAUCUGGAUAUUUCAGUGUGUGGCACUUCUGAUUAGAAUGCCACUUCAGUUUAUCCCAGUGUCUGAAGUACAAGGGCCUGAGUUUUUAUCGCAACUUCAGUGUCGGUAUGUCUGUUAAUUAAAUUCUUGCUCUAGAAAUUGAUACAUGACUUAAAGAUAAAAUGAAAAAAUUUAGUAUUGUGUUGUAAUGGUCUAUAUUAGCUUUCGUUACUGAAUGUGGUCUUUUAAUAUGACGGUUGAAAGGACGUCCGUCCGUCCUUCCG